AUGCCGCUCUCCCACUUGACUCUGACUGUCUCGCAUCUCCCUACCUCGACAUCCUUCUUCCUGUCAUGUCUCCAGCCUCUGGGAUACCAAUUUAUUGGCCGUCAUGACGACUAUAUCGGCUUCGGCCAGAAGCAGGGCGAACCCGCCGACUUCUGGGUGACGGAGCAAAAACCAGGGAUCUCCACUAGUGCCGUACAUGUCGCUUUUCCAGCCCCGACCAAAGAUGCCGUGAAGACGUUCUUCAUUAGUGCUUUGAAGGCCGGUGGAAAGAUGCAUGGCGAGCCUAAGACUCGUGAUUCGCAAUCUGGUUACUACAGCGCCGCCAUCAUAGAUUUCGACGGGAACAGUAUCGAAGCUGUUUAUCGUCCUGGUGCUACGGUCGUUGCAUCGGAAGUCGGAGGUCCUACAAUAGCCCUGCUGGAAAAUGGAUCGGUUGUCUCCAAGAGCAGCAAAGCCACCACCACAGUCAGCAAAGCGACCACGACCAAGAGGACCCAAAGCAUUGCACCUCCUGUAUCUGAGGCUGGAUCACGAGCUAUUACCAAGGCACCAACUGCGAUCGAGCGAGGCGCCCCUUCGGUUGUCUCUCACCAGUCACAGUCACAGCCGCAGGCAAGGUCUAUACCACCGCCAUCAUAUACAAUGCAGACUCAGACUAUCCCGAAAACAGACGAUGGAGGCAAGGCCGCCAAGACUAUCGUGGGUACUCUCCUUGGUGCUGCUGCAGGUGCUGCAAUUGCAUACGCCAUGGUGAAAGGUGACUCGCAAUCCACUACUGAGUCGGAGACCAAAAGCCAGACCAAUAGCCAGACCAAAAGCCAGGCACCUGGACCUUCGCCUUCGCAAUACGUACAAAACUUUGCUCAACUUAUGGCACCAUCUCAAGCACUCCAGCAAGAGGAGCAACAACAGUGGCGGGCCAUCGAAGCACCCCCUGCACGCAGCGUCUACACCUCCGCCUCGGGUCCUCGCUCUACCAUGAGCCGCAGCGUAGCCUCCAAGAACCCUCGUGCCAGCACCAUCUACGAAGCAACCGAAUUCUACGACGAUCACGGACGCCGCGCCUCAGACGGCAGUGUCUUCAGCAUCCCAGAAGACAUCCCCCUCCGCGCAAUCGAGUACCCUCCCCAAGGCAACGACUCGCAGCGCUUCCCCUGUAGCCCCAGUACCUUCAUCAGCAGCUACGCAGCCGAUAAGCCGCGCUCCCGCUCCCUGGCUGGACCAGGCAGCGUCCACUCCGCCUCAACAAUCAAGGCAUCGCAAGCCCAGAGCACAUCCCGGCGGCACAGCCAAGACGACAGAAACAGUUACACCUCCAGCCACCACUCACGAGCAUACCACACUUCAACUUCCACCCAUAGCCGCCAGGGCGGCAAACCAUCCAGCAAAGCCCCCAAUGCCGCAGGCAGCACGGCCUCAUCGACGCGCUCGGCACGCAAUAUCCCUCUCCCCGCCGGUUCUGCAGCGACGUACUACAGCGCCGCGCCCAGCCAUGGCAAAUCGCAUCUCUCGGCACGCGAAGUCCCACUCCCCGAUAGUGUGAUUGACUUGGAUGUGAGAUCGAAUGUUACGCCUGACGACUCUAUCAGCCAGGUUGGUAGUCGCUCGGAUAGAUCGCACCAUUCGCAUCAUUCGCAUCGCUCGCACUCGAAGGCCGGCUCGAAGCAUUCGUCUAAAUCCAAGUACGGCCUUCCAGUUAUUCCGGCUGAUAGUGUUAGUCAGGCUUCUUCCCAGCAUACUGUUAAGGCUGGUGGGAGUCGGGUUCAUUCACAUUCGGGCAGUCGUCGUGGGAGCCAAGUUGUAUGA